AUGGCCGCCGUGCUUGCAAGCCGCGACCUCGUCCUGCUCAUUGCGUCCUUCCAAGAUGGGCUUCCACAGUCGCUUCUUGCCACGCAUAUGCAUCUGCGCCACGUCGACAAGCUCCAACUCCAUCGUCUUCGGCCCCAAGCGAUCACCAUCAACGUGAUGGACUACGUGGCGGCCACCGGGCAAUUCCUCGCACUCCUCUUCCUUCACGCCCGCGGGUAUACCUGCUCAGUCUGGGCCAUGAACGCGGCGGCCGAGCACGGGCACAUUGCGAUCGUCCGGUUUCUUCACGACCACCGACACGAAGGCUGUACUGUCCACGCGAUGGACGCCGCUGCCAAGCACGGGCACCUUGACGUACUCGAGUUCCUGCACUACCACCGACACGAAGGCUGCACGGCGCUGGCGCUGAACGCGGCGUGCGCCAACGGGCACAAGGACGUCGUCGCCUUCCUUCACACGCACCGAUCGGAAGGCGGCACGGCGCAGGCGAUGGACGGGGCGGCGGCCCACGGGCACCUCGGUAUUGUGCAGCUGCUACACGCCACGCGGCACGAGGGAUGCACAGACAGAGCGAUCGAGGACGCGGCCAUGCACGGCCAUUUUGAGGUCGUCCGCUUCCUUCAUUGCCACCGAACCGAAGGCAAUGUGGCGCGCGCGCUUCGGAAUGCCGCGGCGAACGGCCAUGACAAGAUCGUGGCCUUCUUGCUACCGCUCGUGGCAGCCGUGCCGCCUGAUGCCAUGGACUUUGCGGCGCGCAAUGGCGAGAUGGAGACGCUCCGCGUGCUGCACGCGGCCGGCGCGCCGUGCACGAAGCGGGCACUGACGUGGGCGGCGAUGGCGGGCCAUGGGCACGUGGUUGCUUUUCUAAUGCAAUACCGAACCGAAGGCGACGCGAACGAAGCGCUCGCGAUGGCCACGCGCAUGGGCAUGGACCAAGUCGCGGCCUUGCUCCGGGUUGCGUCGACGGCGACGAGUCCCGUUGUCAGCACGGACGUUGACUACCUUGGGUUCAGUAUGAGCAAAAAGCGGGCACCAUCCUGUCCCGCAACAGUUUAA